UCACACCGUCACCGUUACCUUGGCCAGUAUAACCGCCCUGAUACGUGAACACAAUCCAUCCAUCCAUUCAGAAUAUGUGACCGUGCAGUGCAAAAGGCUGGCUGGCGUCACGUCCCCCACCAUAUCAGUAUGGCGAAUUGGCGGAUGGUGAAGGUGACCUCGAACCCUUCCGCCAGCUUGAAGUCCGCCAGGUGUCCGUCUCUUGUGAGGUCUCUCUCUCCGUAUUGGUAAAAGAAUGCCGCGACCAACAGCAGCCCCAGCACCACCGAUCCGAACACCAACGUCCUCUGCACGGCUGCAAGCGAAAAGACAUACAGAAGAAACAAGCUUUACUUUUCUCGGCCGGCUUGAUGCCUGGCUUGGUGCAUGCCUGUGAGUGAGGGGUGAAUGAUGAACAGCUGCAGAAGUGGGUGAUCCCGACGACACACCUCGCUGAAGAGGCGGGCCUUAGGCCACUCGAUGUACUCGAUUCGCCGCAGCGUCCUAGCCGUGAUCGCGUCGACCUCUCUAUUCACCUCCUCCCACGCUUCCUUGGCCGUCAUGCGUAUGGGCGCGCUGAUGGUGUCUCGCCGCCCGCCUCGCUGCGCGGUGGGUUUGGUCGGGGGCUUUGUGGGAGGGGGUGGCUCUUGCUCUGGGUCGGGGAGCGACCGCUGCGUGUGGUGGUCCUCUUGCGCAUUGUCGUGAUUCUUGGGACUCAGCGGCUCCUUCUCCGUGCGCUUGACUGGCGAGCUGCAACCAGACAGGGCAGGCACCGGUAGACAGCAAUGAAUGCGAUGCGCCUGUUCAUCGACCCGUCCACCAAUCCAACCUACCUGAGAGAGAGAGACGAGAGCAUCUCCAGCACCUUCUUUGGUUUGCCUUCGCCUUUCUUCUGCCGAUCAUCCUCAUCGAACACAGCCACGCUCAGCCGCCCUUUGCCGCUCUCGCCGCUUUGAGACGCACGCUGCCGGGAGACAUAGCCCUUGAUCGCGUCAUUGAGGUGCCGGUCGUCGCGUGCGAGGCCGUAGCUGGUCGGCUGUGCGGGAUCUGCCGCCGACCGACUUGACGACAUGACCUCGGAUGGCUCGUCCUCGGGCUGCCUGACAGCGCCUAUCUUGACUGACAGGAAGCUGACCUUGCCCCGCCACCAUCGCUGGAUGAGCAGACAGGCGGCUUGCUGCCGCUGCACUUCUGUUCACAACAAGCAAAUGUAAGCACAUAAAGCACAUGUACACAGAUAGUAUACGCAAGAAGUGACAGUGUAUAAGCGAGGUCCAAAGGCAGCAGGCAAACAGACCUAGCAGCAGGCGGGCACGCAGGGCAUCCCGAAGGACACCAGAUCUAAAUAAAGAGACGGUACACCCAGCACAUGCAGAUGGGGAUGUGCCUCGCCAUUGAUCGUACCUACCUGAGGAGAUCGACCUCUUCUCGGUUGCAGCAGCCCUCAACGAAGUCAUAUUCCUCUUCUGCGUGGUGGGGCUGGUGUUGCUUAGGGCGGUGUGCUUGUCCAUGUGCGUGCUGGUCGACCCCCCUCUGGUCCCUUUGACGGUUGCUCUCCAUUUCGGGUCUCACUGCUGUCGACAUCUGCAUCCCUCCCGUCCUCUCCUCUUCUGACGACGCAUCCACGUCAUCGUGACUGCCCCUCAACCGCCGCCGCGGCUCCGUUACUCGCACAGAAAGGCUCUCAACGGGCUCAGUCUGGUCGGCCUCGGUCUUCUCCUUGCUCAUGACAUUGGUGAAGUGAGACGGAAGCCCCCGAGUCUUCUCUAAGUGCUCGUGGAAGGCCUGAAACACCAUCUCCUGCAAGGACGGUACGCUCGACUUGACCCCCGCUAUGAUGGACCGGCGGCUCUUGGGCAUGUGAGGGCCUCUGCGGGGGGUAUUGGCAAACUGCGCAGCGAUGCUGCCGAAACGGCGACUGCAUCAGACACAGGCGAGAGAUUGUGUCUCCGUGUGUGCAAGGAAGCCCUGACCUUCGUUUGGGAGUCUGCAUGGCCACCGCGGGAUUGAUGGUGGCCUCCAUCUCCUGCCGGGCCUGGCUGAACUGCACCGCCACCAGCCUUAGAUCGAUGCCCUGCUCGAGGCUCACUGUGAUGUACUGUCUCAUAAGGCGGAUAGUCUGGAGCUCCUUGAGGUGGAGGGUGGCCUGUCUACCCGUUAUGCGGUUGAAGGUCAGCUGCAGAGCCUGGCAGGGGUAGCUGUUGCAGCAGCAGUCGUAGCACCGACCGAAGCACUCCUCGCGCUGCUGACGGAGAUACAUGUCCUGUAACCAUGGGAAAGAAACAAAGGAUGGCGUCGAUGGAUGCUCAUCGAUGAACAUCCGUUACGGCCUUUUACUUGUCUGUAUCUGGCCUCAAGCAGCCGAUCAGACAGGUGCAAGUCCACUAGGUCACUAUCAGACACCUUGUGCCGCAUGUCGGACCAAAAGGCGAGGAGGAGACAUAUAACCAACACUGCAGCAACGAAAACAAAACACAAUUCCACCUUUUCUUUCCCAUUUGUUGUCAGCUCACCGCCGCCCGCCACCGCGACGAACUGUGCUGCUGCAUUCUUGUUCCAUGCCGCCGCAUCACCCAGCCGUUUGACUGAGCCCUCGCUGCCUUCAGCCACCGACGUCACACUGCUGUCCUCUAUCACCGUACGGAACAACACACUGAACUCGCUCAGAUGAUGGCAUUGGCAGACCACCGCAUCAGCCGUCGAGGCGUUGGUAUCGACCACACAACCUACAAAGCACAACACACCUUGCAUGUAUACGGGACGCAUGUGGUGUGUUUGUGAUACCAUGGUGACUGACCUUCAGCGCUCCAUGCCUUGUCGCUGGUCGACCAGAACCCACAUCCCACUUCAUCCCGCUGCACCAGGGACCCGUUGGCAGUGAGGUUGACCACACGGGCAGCCACAUUCGCCGGACGGGGUAGCGUCAGGACAGCAGGCGCCGACAGUGCGCUGCCGUCCAACUUGACCUCUUGAUUGCAUCUUCUCACAGCCACGGUUGAUGAGCCGCCCCUGGCUGACCAGUUGGUCGUGUUGGUGUCAUUCGUCUGAAAGAGCCCCUGCUCCCAGAAGACAAGCUGGGCGGUUGGAACGGGCAAUCCGCCACUGAUGACAGCACAAGGAUCAACUGUUCCGCCGACCUGCAGCCGCCUCACUGACAGGCGGCUUGUGUCAUUCAGAGAGGGCAAGACCACCCCCAGAUUGGCGUUGUCCGAGCUCGAGAGGCUCAGGCCAUUCUGCGGAUCCAGGAAUGCGAGAGACAUGUUGCAACUCUCUCCGGCCACUUCAAGCUGCUGCGAAGGGCCGCCACCGAGCGCAGAGAGAAGGACGUCACCCAAUCGACCUGUGGACUCCCCAACACGCUCGGCAAUCUCAUAUGCGCUGCUGCCGUCAUGCAUCAGCAUCGCGUUAUGUAGUUCCUGCGGUAUCGCAGCUGCAGACGAGAGAAGCGCCUCGGCGGACUCGCGGACUCUGGUCUUGUCGCGGGCUGUGAGAGAAGAGGGCGCCUGCCACUCAGAGAGGGUCUGCCGCUGUUGUUGCUGCGUCUGGAGGGCGGGGAGGGACGCGGAUGUCUCGACGACGCUGUCGAGGAUAGACGCACUCUGUCUGGCCAUCGUCGCGUCAUAUCUGAGCUGGCCACGGUUGUCUGAACGACAAAGGGAUGGCUGGAGCGUACAAGGGCAUCGAAUUGGGUGGCUUACUUGAUUGUCUCACGGAGCCGAUGGUGACAUUCAGGCUUGUUGCGGCAAGCAGGACCUCCCCUGCUGUGGUCGGCCGCGAUGUGAGUCCACGCCGGCGACCCGCAAGAGUCUGAAAGAACACACAUGCGUACACAGGAAGGCACACAUGACUGUCACACACAGAUGGAUGUACGACAGCACUCACUCUGUUGAGGCUCGCAAGCACCGUUUUGAUGACUUGCUUCUCCUCUCUCUGCAGCAAAGACGGGUCCUCCGCGGCAGAUGUGGCCACGGUAAUGGUCGCCAAAAGCUUGUUUUGAUACUCCACAAAAGCCUCGUCGCUAUCGUUUCCUGGGGUGGUGGGAGGAUCCUCGUCUGGUGAGAAGAUCAGGUCCUCUGCCCUCUGGAUCUCUGCUUUCUCAAGCCGACUGACGUCCUGAGAGACAGCAUCCAAUGCAACACUGGGCUGUCUCAUUGCUGCACUCAGUGCAUGACCAUACCGUCACCCACCGUGAGACGAUCCACGUCAUCCGCGAUAAUGUCAAAAUCCAACACUGGGGGGCUUGUGGUGGUCGAGGGGGCCUCUGUGGUCGUUGGCUGUGCACUGGUGCUGGUUGAUGUGCUGGGCAAGGGUGUGGUUGUGACUUGAGCAGUGGUACUGGGAUCACUCGUCGUCGUUGUUGUACUUGUGCUGGUGGUGCUGCUCUUGGUGGUUGUCGAUGUGCUUGUCGUGCUGCAAAAAGGGGGACAUUUCAUGCCUGUGUCUCCCGCCCACACAGGCCCUCUCGCAGCUGACCUUGUUGUGGUUGCUGGGCUGGGAGUGGUUGACGGAAUGACAGUCGUCACCUGACCGAGAACACACACAAACGGUGUGGCCGGUGGCUGACCGCAUUUGCGCAUAUGUCCCACAGGUUCAGGUGUGGUGGAGACACUCAAUGGCAGAGAGGGGCCGGCUGCACAAGAAAGCGGGCAUCUCACCAAAACACAGACAGGCAGUGGUAUGCUGGCUCCCUCACCAUAGUGCAGGGCUAUGACCGCCGAUCGGUUCUCCGCAGCCAGCUGGUUAUCGGCGAAGUCAACAAUGGCAUGCGAUUUGUUGAAUUGGAACAGGAACAUACUCCCGUUCUUCAAUGCUGCCUCUGUGACGUUCACAUCCACCCGUAAAGCCUUCAGGGCCACAAGGGCCCUGGGCGAGCUGACGUCGGUCACACUGUAGUCGAACGCCGUGCUGUUGGCCGCCGUCAUGUUGACCAGGCGCCGUAGGUCGGACACGGAUCGGCGGACCAGCUCGUCGAAAAUGAUGUCGACGCUGAAAGAGGUCGUGUUGAACGAGGUGGCAUUCUGGGCAAUCCACGCAUGAGGCUCGUUUACAUCUGAGGAGCGGGGGCCAAAGAGGAAUCUCACCAAAUGCGAAAGAAAGCAGUACACAAUGCAGUCAGUCCACGCCAGUGUGUCUCCCCACCGUGGACUGGGCCGCACGAAAGGAGUUCAGAGACCGCAGCGUCAGAAUGCCCCUCCUUGCUGAUGGCCCCCGAGUGCAGAUAGCAGCCAUUCGAGGAAGAGCCAACGGAGUCACUCUUGACUGUGUAGUGAGUGCAGCCGCUGAAAGCACACACAUACACACACAGAUGCACCCUGUUGUUUGGCGACUCUCUGGACCGGAUACCUUUUGUGGUGGCACUUGAGUGCGCAGUCGAAAGGCUUGAGCACCUUGGGGUAAUGAUCCAGCUGAGUGGCCGUAGACCACUCCUGUCUGUCGAUGCGACACCCCCUGUGAAUGACCAGCGGCAUCGACGGCAGGCUCCCCUGUCCAUCGCUUUGCCCAUCAGCCAGCCCCUCAAGAGCCAUAAGCGUAAACAACCCUUUCGCAGGGGUCGGAUCGAUGGUGACCGUGGCUGUCAUGUCACUCUCAGGCCAGUCUGCCACCGAGACGUCAGCACUUGUGGUGCCGAGCACCACAAGCCGCUCCGGUCUGAAUGUGCCCUGGUCAACUGGUACGGAGAACUUGACAGUGAUGCUGAAGGAUCCAGUCGAGGCGAAAUCAUUCACGUUAGGCACCGUCAAAGCGACAGCUGGAGCAGGGGCUGACAGACACAAAAAUUUUCUCGCCAAAUGGAAGGCAAUUUGUGUCUCUCGGCUUACUGCAUUCGCCGGCUGGGGACGGCUCGACCUCACAAAUGUAAGGCUCCGACGAGCCACAAUCUUCAGAGAGCAGAGCCGCCAUGUGUCCGUGGUCGUGCUCAUGUGCGUCCCAGUGGAUCGCUGCGCAGUCGUAAUCGCUGUCGCCGUGGGGAUGGUAUGGCUCCCAUUCGGCCUCGUGGAUGUUAGCCUGGUGGUACUCAGAGCUGGGCGUCCAGCUGCCUGGCGUCAGGAUGCCCUCACGGUCUGCACGAGGGAGGGCACACAAAGGAGACACCCGUGGUCCUGUUUCUGUUUCAGUGCCCGGCCUUGCCAUCCUGCUGCACCUCUCUCGGCGCCCCCGAAGUCCGGGGUAGAGGGCUCCGAGAACGACCCACUCUCGUUCUGAUGCCACCAAAGAGAGGCCAGGCCAAUUGAUCGUCGCCACAUGACGCCAUCCAUCCCAAGAGUGUCCUUACUCGUCUGUAGUCAACCCAUAUGUGGGCGUGUGAUGAAGUCUGCCCCCUGAUGAACUCCUGCAGCCACCACAGCUCGGCAGGGUCACUCAACGUCACCUGCACGCGAAGGAUGCAUGGAUGGCUCGUCGAAUGAAUGGCGAUUUCUUGGCUUGCCUACCAGGUGGUCAUAGUCUCCGGCGGCCCCUGCCACAUUGCAGGCUAUCUUUGCACCGUUGAAGCUCUUCUGCGGCGACGUGAACAGCUUAUAGCAGCUGCAGGAGCCCUUUCGAUGACGAAAACCAUUCGGGCAAAUGCCAGUGUGGGGCGUUGCCGUGGCCGCAAACACUCCACAGCGGAAGCCUGCAGUGCAAAAGAACAACACGAGGUGAGGCUGGGAGGGAGGGGGGCGGGUGUGUGAUGGAUGGAUGGAUGGACGGCACUUGCCAUAGAUAAGAUACUGGCCGAUGAUGAGCAUCGACACGCUGUAGGCCCAGAGAAGGCCCUCCAACGUCAGGAGGUCCAU